AUCGCCAUGUCUGGAAUUGCCCCAACCCCCGAAGACCUGGUUAAGACCGAGACUAAACAGGUUAUCCAGACCACCAUCUCAGCUGAAGCCACCCAUGUUGCAGCGGUUGAAGCCACCAAUGUUGAGACUGAUAAAGUGGCUCCGGCCGACAAGAGAAAGAGUGAGCGCCAGCACGGUCGCGACAGAAAGAAGCGGAACAUCGCUGAGAAAGAGGAGCGCAAAGCCAUGUAGAGUGUAUACACCCCGCAUGGACGCGGACGGGAACCCAAUCGCGAGGACCGAGGAGAGAAAGCCCAAGAAGAAGGUGGCGUGCUUGAUUGGCUACUGCGGAACCGGCUACCAGGGGAUGCAGCUUAAUCCCGGGUGCAAAACCAUCGAGGGGGAGCUCUUCGGUGCCUUUGUCAAGGCCGGGGCUAUUUCCCAGGACAAUGCCGACGACUUGAAAAAGUCUGGGUUCAUGAGAGCGGCCAGAACCGAUAAGGGCGUGCAUGCGGCCGGUAACGUGAUCUCGCUCAAGAUGAUUAUCGAGGAUCCAGAGCUUUUGAGCAAGGUCAAUGAGGAGUUGCCAGAGCAGAUCAAGGUCUGGGGUAUCGAGCGCACCAACAAAUCGUUUGACUGCCGCAAAAUGUGCUCUUCUCGGGUCUACGAGUACUUAAUUCCGUCCUACGCGUUCCUCCCACCGAAACCAACCUCCAGAUUGGGCCAGUUGAUCGAGGAAGGCAAGAUGGAGUUCCCUGGCAGCACCAGAGAGGACCCUGUAGGCUACCAGUGGUGGAGCGACCUCAGUGACGCGGUUGCGGCUGCGGGGGUUACCGCGGCGGACCUUGCGGCCAUCCAGGAGCACGCAGGGGAGAACCCAAUGGGCGAAAACGGGUUGACUGAGGUUGGUGCGUUGGCCAAGAAGGUUAGAGGCAUUGAAAACGGUGCAAGAAGGGCCUUCAGAAUUGACGCCGACAAGCUCAACUUGUUUAGAACGGCGUUGCAAAACUUUGUCGGGCCGCACAACUUCCAUAACUACACCUUGGGGAAGCACUUCAAGGAUCCAAGCGCCAACAGAUACAUGAAGUCGCUCUCUGUAUCGGAGCCGUUCGUCAUCGAUGGCACCGAGUGGUUAUCUGUGAAGAUCCACGGCCAAUCGUUCAUGUUGCAUCAGAUCAGAAAGAUGAUUUCCAUGUCGUCAAUGGUGGUCAGAACUGGCUGUCCGUUGGACAGAAUUACCGAGGCGUUCGAGCAGGCCAAGAUCAAUAUCCCCAAGGCCCCUGCCUUGGGGUUGUUGUUGGAACAGCCGGUCUACGAGGCGUACAACGCCAAGUUGGAAACCUUUGGCUACGAGCCAAUCACCUUUGAGAGGCACGCGAAGGAGAUGGAUGCGUUCAAGAUGAAGUACAUUUAUGACAAGAUCUACAACGAAGAGGUCAAGGAGAAUGUGUUUUGGGCGUUCUAUAACUUCAUCGACCACUAUGUUUCGGAGGACGACACCUUUGCGUUUUUCACCGCCAAGGGCAUCAACAAGGACCAAAAGGUGAAUGUCAAGGAGAUUGUCAUUCCAAACGAGAGUAAUGCGAAUAUUGAGGAGUAGGUGGAGGUGUUGUGGACAACCACUACCAUUAAGCGAGACGUGCUUGUGUAUUCUACGAACCGAAAUAUAAAUCUAGUUUACCCGAA